GACAAAAAACUGUACUUCCUGGUUAUAAUAAUAUCUGUCGUGUUGACUCUGUUCUGGUACAGGUGAGAAAUUUUUUUUUAAGUACACAAUGCCAUACAGACAUACAUUAAUAUGUUAAUGCCCAAAGCUCCCCGUAAUUUAACCAAAAAAAAACUAUAUUCCUUAGAUUGUCUAUGGAAUAUUAUAUAAAUGUAUUAUUGGUUUAUUUUUGGGUGGUUAUUAUUUACACUAAUAGUUUAUUUUCUCAUAAAUAAGUAAACACUGAUCAUACACAUUUAUACGCUGCGUGUAACUAUUUAACAUUUUAAUAAAAUUGAGCUACCCUAUUUAUUUUAAUGUUAGUUUAUGAUUGGACAAAUCUAUGCUUUGAAAAUUACAUGAUAAUUUUGAGCUAUCAUAACUAUUGCGAGUACAUUUUGAUAAUUAGAUCUAGCUACCCUACUGUAUGUACGCUAUAAUAUUGAGUUACCGAAUCUAUUGUAAGUAAAUGAUAAUAAUGAGCAUCCCUAUCUGUUAAGAUAAUACCACACCAUUCAGCUACCCAAUAUAUUAUCGGUGCAUGAUCUAAUUAAAUAACCAUUUCCAUUGUAGCUACAUGCUAAUUUUCAGCUACCCUAAAUAAUAUAGUAGGCGUAACUGCUGUGGGUUUUGGUAAAUGCAUUGCAUUGUUAUAAUCACUUCUUGUUUCUAUUUCUAUAACUGUAGAACCCUCCCAUCACACACGGCUCACACGGGAUGCUCACCUCCACAAUGAGAGUGCGAAUUUAUGUUUUGGCACAACACAUUUUGUUAUUGUCUUACUCACAGUCAAUAAAAAUAAUAUGUUGGCUCCUUUAAAACUCAAGAAUAGUUUUCAUGAGUAUGCUCUCCUUCAUUCAAAAUCUUUCACUUCUAACGAACCUGGGUGCCCUAAACUGAUAUUUCUUCUGUAUCUACUCUCGUCCCUUUCAAGAUUACCAAAAAAACAAACGAGACGUUACACGUCCCAUCCCAAAUGAUUUUUUAAAAAAAAUUCCAUGAAAAUUUUUUAAAAAGUGCAUAGAAAACUUCAUAACUUAAUUUACCAUUACAUUAAAAUUUCAUUGAAAAAUCUAUUUCAUUUACCACUUUAUACCAGUUAAUGUAUUUUAUUUAUAUUUAAUCAUAAUCAAAGGCAAUCAUACUAUUUAUCUUUUAUACUCACGUUAAAAUUUUUAACACAAUUUUAUUUUAAAAAUAAUUUUAAUUUUUUUUUUUAAAAAUGUUAGUUAUGUACAUCGUUCGAAUAGUACAGAGCUAUUCAACAAAAUUAUAGCUUUAAUCAUUUCAAAAAAUUUGAUAGAUAAAGUAACAACGUUUUCAGUAGUGACAGUAAUAAAUAUAUUUUACUUGUCUUUACCUUAUUAUUUACAUUAGUGUAUGUUAUAAUUAUUUACAUUAGUGUAUGUUAUAAUUAUUUACAUUAGUGUAUGUUAUAAUUAUUUACAUUAGUGUAUGUUAUAAUUAUUUACAUUAGUGUGUGUUAUAAUUAUUUACAUUAGUGUAUGUUAUAAUUAUUUACAUUAGUGUGUGUUAUAAUUAUUUACAUUAGUGUAUGUUAUAAUUAUUUACAUUAGUGUGUGUUAUAAUUAUUUACAUUAGUGUAAUUUAUAAUUAUUUACAUUAGUGUAUGUUAUAAUUAUUUACAUUAGUGUAUGUUAUAAUUAUUUACAUAAGUGUAUGUUAUAACUAUUUACAUUAGUGUGUGUUAUAAUUAUUUACAUUAGUGUGUGUUAUAAUUAUUUACAUUAGUGUAUGUUAUAAUUAUUUACAUUAGUUUAUGUUAUAAUUAUUUACAUUAGUGUGUGUUAUAAUUAUUUACAUUAGUGUAUGUUAUAAUUAUUUACAUUAGUGUAUGUUAUAAUUAUUUACAUUAGUGUAUGUUAUAAUUAUUUACAUUAGUGUGUGUUAUAAUUAUUUACAUUAGUGUGUGUUAUACUUAUUUACAUUAGUGUAUGUUAUAAUUAUUUACAUUAGUGUGUGUUAUAAUUAUUUACAUUAGUGUAUGUUAUAAUUAUUUACAUCAGUAUAUGUUAUAAUUAUUUACAUUAAUGUGUGUUAUAAUUAUUUACAUUAGUGUGUGUUAUAAUUAUUUACAUUUAUGUGUGUUAUAAUUAUUUACAUUAGUGUGUGUUAUAAUUAUUUACAUUAGUGUGUGUUAUAAUUAUUUACAUCAGUGUAUAUUAUAAUUAUUCACAUAAGUGUAAUUUAUAAUUAUUCACAUAAGUGUAUGUUAUAAUUAUUCACAUGAGUGUAUGUUAUAAUUAUUCACAUUAGUGUAUGUUAUAAUUAAUCACAUUAAUCUAUGUUAUAUUCAACACUCAUUCUUUGCAGACACCAAUUUUCAAUUCACAAUUUAUACCGUUCCUCUGGGAAAACAAAUUUCACACGUUUGUCUCAAAGUACCAUUGUUACCAUCUAUAUAGAGUACCAUACAGUGAUAUCAUAGCUUUAUGUGUGUCUCAUGGUACAUCUUUCUAUCUCAAAAAUAGUUUUUUUUUGUAUAGCAGGAUUAUCUCUGCCUAAUAAUAAACUUUAAUAAUAAUAUUAAUUUUUUUUUUUUUUUGGUAUCAAAUAUAAGGUGUUCAAGUUCUUUAUUUUGUACUACAUAUCAGUAUUCAUAUUAUUUUUAUUUACAUUUUUUUUUCAAAAUUAAAAAAAAAAAUUAAUUUUUUUUUUUUUUGGUAUCAAAUAUAAGGUGUUCAAGUUCUUUAUUUUGUACUACAUAUCAGUAUUCAUAUUAUUUUCAUUUACAUUUUCUUUUCAAAAUUAAAAAAAAAAUAAUAAUAGUAUCUGGUCACUUUAAUUUAUUACAAUUAGUGGAAUCAAUAAAAAUUUCGUUUGGUUAGAUAUAUUUUAUAAUCCGUGCAUAAUAAUAAUAAUAAUAAAGUUUAUUUGAAAAAUGCGCUUCAUCUCAUCAAAGGCUUACAGUAUUUGAUUAAUAAUAUCGUACUGGCCGAUCCAAAUUAUAAGCUGAUGCCUUACUUCCUCUAGUUCGCAUAAUAAUUAACGUAUCGGUAUUUUAAAAUAUUUUCAUAACAAUGUAUUUAAUUACCUUUACAUCAAUAAAAAGGUCUACAAUAUUGAUAAUAAGUGCUUGCUCAGUCUCAAUUAUGCGCAAUCAAUUUUCAAAUCAUAUUUCGUCAUAAAAGCAUCAAUUCUAAAGUAGAGAUGGGUGCUAAUUAUACAUUGUAUUAUGUCAUUUGUCUUUAAAAAUAAAUACAUUUAAUGGAUCCAUGAGUAUUGAGUUAUAUAAAUGGAAACUUUAAAAAAAAAAUGUGUUUUUUGGUGUUUUUUUUUAAAAUUAAGAAUUUAAUGCCCGCAUACAAAAAAGUGUACAUUUAAUAAAUUAUUAUAUCAAAAGCGUUGGAUUUUUAUUCUAAUGUGCUACUUGUGUAGCAAUGAUUCCUGCAAAUCAGAGCUUAAAAAAGAAGCAUAAUAUAUUCAUUAUGCACAACUGAUUUCAACGAUUUUUUUGUUUUCAUGUUUUUUUUUUCAAGAUGUCUUUCAUCAUUAUUAUGGCUAUCAGAAAACUAAAGAAUUUUUUUUUUAAACUAACCUUUCGCUUGUUAUUUCUAUCAAAACAGUUUUGGUAACGGUUCUGGUUUUGGAAAAAAUUCUUAUUCUUAACUUUUUCAAUGUAAAAUAAAUUCUGUGGAUUUAGUUUAAAAAAAAAUUGUAAUGUAUCUAAAAAAAAAUUGAAAGUGUUUUGAAAUUACACAUAAAACUUUUAAUCAACUGAAUGUUUGAAAAUAUAUACUUUAUUUGAAUGCGAUUUCCCUUGGAUAAAAUCAAACAUUAAUAAAUAUAUAUAAAAUGUCUUUUCUGAACAAUCAAUGUCUUCUUAUAAUAGCUCUGCCGUUUUAAUACGAUUUAUAAAAACCUAUAAAAAUAUGUAUACCUUUCUAAUUAACAAUUUUGUCGUAUUAUUGAUUCUGUUAAAAUUUGGAAAGAUUUAGAAAACUUGGUCUAAUUAUUAUAAGUAAGCUUUUGUUUCUUUCCAUUUGUACUUAGCGUAUAAAAUAAUGUUUGGAGGGUUUUUAGUGAUGGACCCUUUAAAAUUCUUGUGUGUUUGGAAAAUUCAUUCAUUAAUUAAGUAGCUAUCCCUCACAAUAAGGUAAACAUAUAAAUAAAAUCCAUAUAACUAUUUUUAGUAAUAUACAUUUAGUGCAGAACACAAGCAGGUCAAGCCCUUUUUCCCCCCCCCCCCCCCCCCCCGUGAUUUUUUUGCAGCUGGCAUUGAAAUAUGAUAACUAAGAAAAUAGCCUCAUCACCCACACCCCCCACCACAAAAAAAGCAACGAGGCAGACCAGAUGGUAAGGGUUGCGGAGUGCACACGGUGGUUCUAAGGUUAAAGUACCCUUACAUAUUUAAACUAGGAUCUCCCUCAGUUGCUCUCCAAUUAGGUGUAGAGGGUUGCAAAACUAAAUUCAGAUAUGUUAUAAAAUGGUUUCUUGUAUUUUUAAUUUAUAAACAUGUUCUGUGGAAUAUAAAGUUUUAAUAUGACAGUAGUCGUCAAACCGCAGCUCGCAACACAAGACGAGUGUAUUCAGUUUAUGGAUGGCAAAGACGCCCAGAAGACCUAAAAUAUGUCCUUUCCAGUUCAAAAAGUAUAAUAGAAACAUUGAAAUCAAGUUUAUUUAAAAAUACACCUAGUGAUUUUGAAAUUAUCCGUCGAUUAAGAUUCAUCAGUGGCCUCAAUUUCCGCCCUCCUUCCAGAUGAAAAUGAUCGCCGAUAUUGGUAUCUAUAGAUACACUGCCUAGUUGCGCGACUUGUACAGCCGCCAUGAACGGGAAAAUAUUUUUUUCCGUCCUUCCUUUCACGAUACAAACUAUGCAGUUGUCCGAAAUGCCACACCAGCAUAUAGAGGAAAGUGACUUCUCAAUGGACCACCCACCCGCCCUAUUUCGACGCCACUAGCAGGGGCGUAUUUACAGUGUUUUGCAAGAUGUAUUUGUUACACCCUCUUUCUCAACUCUGAAACUGAUUAUUUUCAACCAUUAAAUGCCGCCAAAGCCCAUGCCGGUGCUGGUAUGGCGUCUGGGACAUAUGCCCCAUCUGCCACCCCUUAGCUACGUGUCUGACCACUGGCAAAUGGCACAGCCCUCCCUAAAAUUGUAAGCGCACAACCGGGGGGAAAAUGUCUGAAAGAAACUGGUUACUUUCUUGUUGAACUUGCAUAACACUAGCAAUGAUUUCAUUCUCCGACUCUUCAAUUGUUGUGGUGAUGUCCUCUAUGACAGUGGUAAACUUUUAGGGUAAUUGUCAUAUUUUCUUUAAAAAUUCUAUGUGUAAGACCUUUAGUUCACCAGCGAUAUCUAUCACAUAGCCGACCUUGUUUCUUGUUUGUAUUUACUUCAAAUGAUCCGUUCCAAAUUGUUUCUCCCUUUCUGUUUGGCAACCAAACUUAUACUUCAUCUUUUACUUUCAAAUUUCUUCUAUGUGUUUUCGUUUUGUUUCUUCUUCUUCAUCACUUUUUGUGUUUUCUUGGGCCUUUUUUUAGUCCAUUGACUUUUUUACCCUAAGUUUUGUUAUUACCUCAAAUUAAUAUUGAAAUGUAAUGUUAUUGUCUAAUUUUUGUUUUGUUUUAAUUGUUAAUGGGCGUCUUGGGUUUGCCCCAAACAAUAGUUCAAAUUUUGAAAAGCCGGUCGAUUCUUGUAUGCUUUCUCUGAAUGUGGAAAAGUACCGAGGGAAGAUGCUGAUUCCAAUCUCUUGGAUGUUCUUCCGUUGCCUUCGCAAGCAUAAUAAUUAGGGUUUUUUCCACCGUUCACUCAUGCUACUGGCUUGUGGCAUGUAAAAUGUCACGUGAACCUGGGUAGUUCCAAGUAGUUUAGUGACAGCAUAAGUCAUAGUUAAGAUGAAUCAUCGUCCAAUGUCUGAUAAUAUUCUGUCUUGAAAGAUGUUAUUUUUUUUCAUUUAAUAAAAGUUUCUAAAAGUUAUAUACAAAUGGUCUCGGAAUCAAUGUAUUUUCAUGGCACUGCUUCUGGCCACCUUGAUGCCAUAAUGUCAAGAUAAAUAUGUGACCUUUUAAUGAUGGUAUGAUUAUGGGGCCAAAAAUGUCUAUUGCUACCUUUUCAAAGUUUCUCCCUAACUUGUCAGCUGAUUGAAUAGGAACCCUAUGAUUGCCAUGUAUUGUAUUUUAGUCAAACAGGUUUUGCAUCUUCCUAUGUAGGAUUUUAAAGCUUUCAGAAGUCCAUGUCAAUCAAAAUUUUGUAAACUUCUAAUGAAAUACUUUUUUUAUUCUCAUUUGUCCAGCCAAUGUACUACCAUGACCAUUUUGAAUUAUUAGAUUUUUAAAGUCUUUGUUGUCACUAUUUGAAUGUACUGUCAUCAAUUUUUUAAUUUUCUUUUCAGUAGUUUUUUGUAGAGCAUGCAUUGGUGACCUCUGAAUGCUGUAAUUUUGGUCUUCAUUUUAUAUUUUAUGUUUUAUAUUUGUUUAUAAUCCAUUAGUAAUUUUAAUAAAUCUUCUAAAGUGAGUGGUUUUCUUUAAAUCAUUAAAAAUUUCUUCUUUACCUACAUUACACAUAAUUCUUGUGAAUUUUUAGGUACUCUGUGCAUUUUCAAUAUGGAGUCAUAUAAGCCCAAGUUGUUCUAUUCGACUCCGCAAAUUUUAUGAUAACAACCACCGAUCUAGAUUAUUCUCUUUUCUUUUUAGCAGGUAUUACAACACGCUUGACUUCCAUAUGAUCUCCACCACGAAUGGUAGGUGAGAAUUUUUUGUUUAUACUUUAAUUAAUUUAAGGGAAAAAGCGGAUAUGGAAAUAAUUUUAUUAUUGAGCACUAAAUGUCGACAUAGUAGGUAGGUAGGUAGGUAGGUAGGUAGGUAAGUAGUUAGUUAGGUAAGUAGUUUGUUCGGUCGGUAGGUUGGUAGGUCGGUCAGUAGGUAGGUAGGUAGGUAGAUAGGUAUGUUGGUAGGUAGGUAGGUAUGUAGGAAGGUAGUAAGUUAGGUAGGUAGAUAGGUAGGUAGGUAGGUAGGUAGGCAGGUAGGUAGGUAAACAUUUCAUUUAUUCUCUGAAUGACGUCCCAAGUACCAACCAGAUAUACACCCUGUACAUGGACUGAGAGCGUAUAAGGAUAGUGUGACACAAUUUGAUACAUGGCCGCAUGACGAAGGCUGCGUCUAGGUUAGCUAGGUGUGUGACGUAGAUUUCUGAGACAAUGAAAUGAAAUCAUGAAAAAUAAGGCCUUAAAAACAAAUGGUAUAGUAGGUCGUCAAAAUCGGUGCGAAGCAAACAUAUCGUUAUUCACAAUUGCUAUAAUUGCCGUCGGAAUCGCUCACAUUUUGAUGGAAUGAACAUAGUUUGCCCUACAUUUCCUUUGGUGCCUUCGUCAUCCUACCAUUAACUCUAUUGCAACCUUGCACCGCAAUAUUGGAUUGAAAUAUUUACUUUUAUUUCUUAUUAGCAUCCUACCACCCAUAAUUAAUACAAAUGCUUUUGUUUUGCGAACGACCAAUAAUAAAUUAGAGCUUAUCAUAAAUUUAAAACUUCCUUUUGGUGAGUGGGUGUCCCCCAUUACUUUUGUAAGGCGUUAUUCACGACCAUAACUUGGUGUUGAUAUCGAGAAAACUGGUUUACUUAAUGAAUUCAAUUAAAAUAUACAUAUUUUUUUAAUGUUUAAACUAUAAAUAAUCCGCAAAACAAUAGCAGUGGCAAUACGUGAACGUACCAUCUACUUAAGUUACUUGACAAAACAUGCAUUCCAAUAAAGUACUUUAUGAUAUUUCUAGUUACUGCAACUUUCCAAGAAAUUUAUUUUGCACGCUCAUUGAUAAUAGCGAUAUAGCCUUACAAAAAUACCUAGACAAGUUUUAUUAGUGAUUACAGUGAAUAGAAACCCAAUUGAAAACCAUCUAUAAUUUUCAGCAAAUCUUGAUGUAAUGGCUGGUAAAUAUUGUUAUGUAGACGUCUUGUCUAAAUCGUGUAUCGUGAAGUUGGUUUGACCCCAUGUUGGGCCACACGAUGGGAUGUGACUUAAUUAUAAAUUGUCUCCAUUGACUACACGUAAAUACAGUCUUAAAGUCGAAUUCUUUAGAAGUUAAGAGACAGGCUGAGGUAAACAUACAAUGCGUAAUGUCUGUCAGGAAGAGUCCAUAUGAAAGACUAUAAAAAAGGCCCGAUCGGGAGGUGAGAGAGCUAGAUGGAGACUGCGAGACAAAGAGAUUACAAUACGAGUCGGAAGCGAGACUAACAGACUGACAUACCGUACUGAUCGUAGAUUUGUAUAUUCAUGUUAUUGUAUGUGUAUGUACCUUCCCAACAUUGUACCAUUACCAGUUCAUUGCAGUUCUGUAAGUGAAUAGACUUAUUAAUUAUUUAUCUUUUUUUUUAAAUUUUAAAUUCAACUUAAUGAAUUAUUAUUUAUAAUUAGCAUUAGUGUCAGUUUCUUUCUUUAUUACUUUGUUUAAUUAAUGGUAUCAUCCCUUUGUUAUGUAUUGUUUUGUCACGAGCCAUAUAGUCAAUUUAAAGAUUAAAUUCUCUACACUUAGACUGGUACGUAACAACAUGGAACUAAUGGUUGUAUAAAUUAUAGUCCAUUCCUUAUUUAUGCGGCUCACCCAAAAUUAUAUUUAAAAAAACCUGUAUGUGAUUAGAAAAGAAUUUAUAUUGUAUAUUGUUAUUGUGGUUUGUAUAUAUUUAGUUUAUAAUAAUGCUAUCAUGUUACUGCACGGAAAGUAUAUGAAUACACUAGCAAUUUUACGUAGUUUAACAAUGAGAACAUGAUUUCUCAGACAAAUCUACAAACGGAUUAAUAAAAAAAAGACCUUUUCUAUCUAUAAUAUUUCCUCAAUUGUUCAUUUUAAGCAGAUUGUGGUAAAAAGCUUGGAACAGCGAAAUCAAUUUGUUUGAUUAUCAAAAUUCUUUACCACUUGAUAUUGGCCUUGUAAAACACAGUUGAUAAUGGUAGGUUAGAUCCACAUCCAAAUGGGAUAUACAUUUAUUUUAUUUUUUUUUCGUAAAUUGUGUGUUUUCAGAUUAUGCAUUUAAAUAAAUAAAAAAAAUUAUAGGUUAAAUAAAAUGGUUCUUUGACAUAGACCCAAUGAAGAUUUGUUGCCCACCUUAUGAAAACAAUUUUUUUUUAAUUACUUCAGAGAAUCAGAGAUUGUUUGAAUUUAAGCCCACAUUUCUCUCAGGGAACAGUUAUGAAUUUCAAGCCUGGCCGUCCUUGGUUGACACAGGUAUAACACAAGCAGAGAUUGAGAAAAAAAUUAACAGGUUGGUUAGGUGAUACGGUAGAUAUACUCACAUAUGGAUUAUCACGUCUCAAUUCUUUUUAAGCCAUUCAGGUACAUCAACCAAAUGUUACUAGAAUUAUAUGUUUAACAAAUGCACUUCGUUAGUUUUAUGCUGAUUUAUUAUAAUGCUAUCAAUGCAAUUAAACAUUGUACACAAGACAACGACACCUAACCCCACAGCCAUGUAGACAGCCAAAACCACAGCUACACACACAGCCAAUAUCCCAUGCCUUCCACACAGCCAGGUAGACAGCCAAAAUCACAGCCACCCACACAGCCAAUAUUACAUGCCUUCCACACAGUCAUGUAGACAGCCAAAUCACAGCCACCCACACAGCCAAUAUCACAUGCCUUCCACACAGCCACGUAGACAGCCAAAACCACAGCCACCAACACAGCCAAUAUCACAUGCCUUCCACACAUCUAAACAGCCAAAACCACAGCCACCGACACAGCCAAUAUCACAUGCCUUCCACACAGCCAUGUAGACAGCCAAAACCACAGCCACCCACACAGCAACUGUCUCAUGCCAUCCACGCAGCAAAAGAGAAAAAAAUGCACCUAUUUGCGUAUAUUUUGAGACUCAGAUGUAAAGAGUUGACGCGUUCACAAAUCAGCGCAUGCCGAGAUGUCCACGCCAGCUCUUCGAGUUACUGGAGGUCAGUCAGUGAUGGCUCCUGGACGGACGAUGAGGAUUUUAAACGGAUAAACCUGGCGUCACAGUACGUCACGGUGCAAAUUUAAUUUUUUUUUUUUUUUCUGAAUUUGAAGUAGCUGCUAAUACAGAGGCUUAACGGUUUUCUUUAAGUUAACCUGUUAACCAACUUCAUCUAAACUUUCGAUGAUCACUUGAUAUAUCUACAAACAGUCAUAUAGAAAUUUAAAAGCUUUUUUUUUUUUUUAAUAAGAAUAUAUAAUAAAAUUAUAAGAAAAUAGGGGAAAACACUUUUUUGUAAUCCCGACUGGACUGUUUAUACCCCUAUUUCAAGAAAUAUUUUUUCAAAAUUUCUUUUUUUGCAUUCAAUUCAAAAUUAUAAUAGUUUUAAAGAGAAAUAUGUUCAUAAUAAGAAGACGUUAGGUUAAAUUAAGACAGCAGCCUCGUGCUCCCACCCCUUACCUUUGCUCUUGACUAGAGAAAACUAUUAAAUAAUUGUUUAUAUUUUUAGGCUGAAAACCAAAAAAUGAUGAAACAAAAAAUAUAAAAUGAAUAUUUGCUGUUGUAAUCAUCGGCCAAAGAAAAAAUUAGAAAAGAAAAAAAGAUUUUUUUUUAAACAAAAAAAAAAAAAAGAAGAAGAAGAUUACAUAUAAAUCUUUACUAGAACAAAGUUUCAUAAUUAAAUUUCAACAUUAUUCUUAACAAUUCCUUAUAAUCCAUAUUCCAACCAGGUGCUGUGCUUUCAAUCACACGGAGCUCAUGGCACCAGCGCCUCGAGCCGAACUGUAUCCAUGGGAACGAGAACUGCUGUCCCUACCACCUCUGUACAACUUGUCAGAUAUUGCUUCGGCUGAUAGGUCAGUCAUAGACCUGCUGACCGAUACCAGCGACGGUUCACUGACAUUGGGAUCAGAAGUUAAAUUUAAGGUGCUAGAAAGAAAAACAAUCGGUAGGUCUUCAAAGACACUUUAAAACAAAUGCCACUAAGGAUUUUUUUAGAAAUGAUACUUGAGACACUAAGCGCAUAGGAACAACUUACCUAUAUAGUGAUAGUUUUGAAACAUUUUUAAGAGGGUAAGGCUGACAGAUUUUACAUAUGCAUAGCGGGGGAGGGGGGGGGAUAAAUUUACAGCGGUACAAGUAAAGCAUGAGUUGGGGUCCAUUACACUUUUUGAUCGACAAGGCCGCUCUCUUUAUCUGCGUUCACAUCAACUCUAAAACAAAAGGAGGAGACAGCGUGUGGGUCUGGCUGGUCACUACAGAACUCGGGGCGUCCAUCGCGGCUGACGUCGUAGACAACAAAGAUGGCAGCUACACGGCGUCCACCAUCUUGCCCUGGACCGGGAGCGUCCGAAUCCGGGCCGCCAUCGCCUACCACAGGGAGCUGUUCAGAGCAAACCUUUACAUUCAAGUAAGUUGUAGCAGUUACGUAAAAUCAAGUCUGAAUUGAUAAAUGAUAAUUUUCUAACAAUACAACAUAGAGAAUGCAACCCCAAUCCAUCAAUUAAAAGCAGCAACAAAUAGAUGAGCUUUAUGUGUUUGUUUUUCAUAAUGGGCCAGGAUCAAGAUAAACGUUUGGAAAGGGAACCAAACUGAUUAAAAUAUUAAUUCUCAAUUUUUAAAAAAAAAAUGUAUACAUUGGGAUACAAAUUUAUCCUCCUACUUUAGGUAAAGACACCCUUAAGCUUAACUCUGUCUUGUCUGCAAAAAAGCUGAUAAAAUUCAUCAAAACGCCCACAACGGCUGAGCGCACACUUCCCAUAUCAAAAUUGUGAACGUAGGCUUAAAUGGAAUUAAUUUAAAGCGGCAAUUUCAAGGGAAUCAUCUUCAUUGUUACUCUAACACAUUAGCAUAGUGUGUCAAAGUAGUCUUGAAAUAGUGGUAGAUAAUAGAGGUAUAUCAUGGAGUGCUGGACACUGAAGAAAUAAAUGCGGUACUCUCCCAACAAGAUUGGAAAAUUCACCUUAUUUCUUGCAUACUAUUUACAUUUCAAACAAAAAAUCUAAAAAUUCCUUUCCAUAGCGGUUAUUCAAAACAACCUACUGGUUCACGUCAACAUUUAAGAGCAACGCAGGCUCGGAGACGACUCCGUGUUCUCCACUUCCGUUUCUCCCAGGAUUUCCUGAGCCGGAAGUGUGCAACCUGACGGACGUGAACGGCUUUCCUUGGUUCUGCGGAAAACCAGUCAAAAAGGAUCUUCUGAACGUAAAAGACCUUUUUUUUUUUUUGUUUGUUUUGUUUUUGUGUGUUCUUUUAUGGUGUGUCCUGCACAACAAAAUUAUAUUAAAAUUUAUCAUAAACGGAGACUGAAAUAAACAACAUUAAAAUAUUAUAAACAACUGUAUAAAAACGAAUCCUUUAUAAAUAUGAUAGAAUCUAAAAAUGAUCAUUUUCCAUAAUUAUUUUAAAUAUUUAUUUCAGAUCGAAAAGUUUCUGAUUUUAAAUAUAAAACACAUUGUAUUUUUUUUUUCUUUUAUUCCGGCCUUUGUGUGUUUGUCCCCCCUACAGUGCUCUGACUUCGUAUCGUCAAAAAAACUGAAUUCCACAAGUUAUUACCCACUCACCGAGGCUGAAGAGGAAUUGAUUGUGAUGUUAGAAACGUGAGUCGCUCCCUUUUAUACGAUUUUCUGUUUAGCUCCAUGCCAGGUCUUUGUUUGUCAUUUGAUGACAUUUACUUUGUUCAAAUUGCUAAAGAAAUCGUAUCCCUGGAUCUCAAAAAAAAAAAAAAUAAAUAAUAAAAAAAUAAUUAAACCUAUUUUUUCUUAAACAUUAACUAUUACUAUGUAUAUAAUUUUUAAAUAAGAAGAUAAAGAAGGAUUUUUUUUUACAUCUCCCAAUUUAUAGCUUUUAUUGACUGUCCCCAUUAUGUUUUACUGUCAAGUCGUAUCUUUUGAUUGUUGAGUUCUUUCCACUUUAGUUUUUGUAAGUGUCUAAAACAAUUAGAUGUUCUUUCUCUUAGCGGGGCAUCUUCUAGGCUCAGCUUCUCUUAAACGUACUGUACUGUAAGGUUUUGAAAAAGAUAUCCACAUGUUGUCGUGCACGUCCAGACUGAAUGUUCCGUUUUAGAAACUUCUUCUCCCCCCCCCCUCCAAAACGCGCUUGUCUAUAAAUAAUAAAGGGAAAUGUGAUAUAAUAGUUUUAAAAGAGAUGCGUAACUUUUCAGUAAUUCUUUUCUACUCAAAACUUUUUUUUUUAAUUAGCUGAACCUGAUUAUAUUACGUAACAAUUUGAUAAACAAUGUACAGUAAAAAAAAAAGGGCUGAAUAAUUUUUCUUUUUUAGUAUAAUUUGUUUUGACUAUCUCCAGGAAAAGUCCGUUCAUGAUUGCCAACAACAUAACAAUCAUUGUUUUGCCAGGUAUUUUUGCAUCAUUAAUUGUGUCAUAUAUAUGUUGAUUGGUUAACACGAAAUCUCACGAGCUGUCGGCUAAUCUCGUUCUCCGUGUGCCAGACAAUCCUCCGGUCAUGUGUUUAAUAAUAAAUACAUUUAUUAUCCACCAUACUUUAUAAACCUAAACUAUUUUGUUCAUGAAAAAUUAUAAUUGAAAUCGUGCUUUUUAGCAGUCAUUAAAAAUAGUUCAUACACAGAAAAAAAAAAUUAUUAAUGGAAUUUGCAAUUUUAGACUUAAGCUUUAAAUUUUAUAUUCAAAUUAUUUUAAUAGAUCUGAUUAGCUUUUAUUUUAAUGCUUUAUAAAUGUAGGUCAAUUAGUAUUUUUAGGUUUAUAUAAUAUUUAGAAAAAUUCGAAGUAAUUAUUUAAAUAAUUAAGAAAUAUUCUUGUCCUUUAAGAAGUUUAAAUAAACAAUUAAUUCCUCUUUUAAUUUAGGUGAAACAGACAAAAAGGUUUUCCCACAACCUGACGUUCUUUGCGACAAACGAAACCUUUCGCUGACCUUUGAUGACGUCAGCUCUUCCGGUUUCUUCUACAAUAAAACGUGGAUGCCACUAGCCUGCCAACUCCCACGAGUUGAAAAGGAGUUCCUUAGGAAGUGUUUAAAUAAUACACAGGUCAGUGACUUUGUCCUAGGUAUUUUAACAACAUAAUCCGAUUCAUUGAUUUUAAAUAAGGCAAGGUCUACAUUUGUGUUCAAAAACUUAUGACUGCCACUAGCUGAAAACAGCUCAUGAGUUCAAUCGCUCCAGCAUAUUCUAACUCUCCCAGCAAAAUGGUUUCCUAAGCACAAUUUACCCCUCCCCUCCCCCCCCCAGGAAAAUUUAGUUUAACUCCAUAAUUUAUCCCCCCCCCCAACCCCAACCCAAGGGUAAUAUAACCCCUAGGGAAAUCUAACUUUGCCAGCAUUAUCUAAAUGAUUAGCGUUCCUCAGCAUUAUCUAACACCCAGCAAUGAUAUAUAAAUUUACCCCUCCCCCCCCCAGGAAAAUUUAGUUUAACUCCAUAAUUUAUCCCCCCCCCCAACCCCAACCCAAGGGUAAUAUAACCCUUAGGGAAAUCUAACUUUGCCAGCAUUAUCUAAAUGAUUAGCGUUCCUCAGCAUUAUCUAACACCCAGCAAUGAUAUAUAAAUUUCCAGUAUAAUCUAAUCGUCGAUGAUAUACUUUCCCCUCCAGCACAAUCGAAAUCCUUGGCUUGACAUGUAAACGUUCUGGGGUGGGUUGCGUGAAUUUAGAUUUGUUUUUGUUUUGUUGGUAUGUGGCUGUUUUAAAAAAAAUUAAAACUAAUGUAUGUUGUUUUUGCAAUGUCAUGAAUAUAUUUGCUAAUAUUGUAUGUACAGCUCCUUGAGCCCAGUUCUAGGCUGGUGUACCGCGCUAUAUAAGACCAAUAGUAAUAAUAAUAAUAAUAUAAUGAUCCCCCCCCUCCCCCAGCAUAAACUAAUUCUCCUAGUAUAACCUGACUCACCCAGCGUAAGCUAAAACCCCUGAUUCAUGAUUGACACAUCAUCGUACCUGUGAUCAACAAAAAUGUUUGAACAGUACUGGUUAGUUAAUAGGCCGGGGUGGCGUCGUCGACGGAAGUGCGCAAGGGCGGCAAUGUGUUUUCCUUAUAUUAAUUUGCGCCAUUUUCGUCCAAGUGCAGAACCACAAAAUGUUUGACCGUAGCUUCGCCGCUGGAAUAGUUCAACGCCCAACUUAAGAUGUGUCACUUAUUAGAUGAUCUCAUUCGUCACGUGUGGCCCCUUCUGGUUUUUAGAAAAGCUUGAGUUAAAACUAAUGAAAUCUUUAACAACAACCGCUCUUUGUCAUAAAAUGAGAUGAGCAAUAAUUUAAAGUUCAUUUUGAGAUUAUUGCAAUAGCUUUUUUUUUAUAAAAUAAUCAAAACAUAAAAGAGUGCCCCCCCCCCCCAGGCCCUUUCUUCCAAUUAUAAACAUCUUUAUUUUUUAUUUUUUUGAAAAUGUUUUGAUUGGAUGAACGAUUCAAUAAUAUCAUUUUUGCUUGUGUUCAACAGAUGAUUAUCAUCGGAGACUCAAACUCUAGAAAUCAGAUGGACAUUAUCACCAAAAUGGUUAAUUGUACUGAAAAAGUAAAUAGAACACAGGUACAACCCAUAUGGCUGAGUUUUAUUUUGAAACCCAAUCUAUGAGAGAAAAAAAAUGGUUUUUAAGUCAAUGUUAUAACACGGGAAAAAUAUGAACCAGUUUUUACCGGUGUAACAGUAGAGGUCAAUUCACAAUACUCUCCUUUUGCGAAAUCUCAACUUCUUAAACUCGAAAAUUUCUGUUUUGUGCCUUUAAAAAAAAAAAAACAACUAACAAAGAAUUUAAAUCACUUAAAAUGUAUAUUUAGAAAAUAUUAUAUUAGUCCUCGAUUCUUUUUAAAGAAGUGUCUAAGAAAAUAUUUAAUUCUUAAACUCGAAAAUUUUUGUUUUGUGCCUUUAAAAAAAAAAAAAAACAACUAACAAAGAAUUUAAAUCACUUAAAAUGUAUAUUUAGAAAAUAUUAUAUUAGUCCUCGAUUCUUUUUAAAGAAGUGUCUAAGAAAAUAUUUAUAUAUUUAUUGGAUAUAUUAAAGAUAUGAUGCUGUCCUUAGUUUCAAAGAAAAUUAUGUAAAUGUGUCCACAAUGUGUCAAGGCCCCGGAAUUAUAUUUUCCGAAAUUGCUGUAACAUGAAUUUAUUUAUUUUGAACAAAAUUCUACAACUUUUUUUUUUUUUAAGACUGUUAUAUUAUUGGAUUUAAAUAUAUUGUAAUUCCAAUAAAAAAUGUACACAUCCUCUUUCCUCGAACUGAAAUGUAUUUGCUGUAUGAAGUUAAAUACCCUUUUUCAUUAGGCAAAAAAAACUCUUUUAUGCACCAAUUUCUGGUGUCUUUGAAAGUUGAGAUAUUGCUAUAACAGUCACAUACACAGACCUAUUCUGUGGCGUUUUUUUCCCUUCCUUCUUUUUGUGCUGCCCGAGUCUAAAUUUAAAAUAAAACAAUCGCAGCACUAUCUUUUAUGACCAAAUAGUUCAUUUUUAGUGUCAUUAAGUAGCCCCCAUUAGUAACACCGUCACACUCUGUUCUCCCUAUCCUGAACUCUAUCAAUGUUCUAAGGUCCCAAACCACUUUUGAUCAUACAAUGUGCUUUUCUUUUUUAUUAACCAAAAAUAAAUAAUUUUUAAAUAGUUCACUAUAUUCCCUGACAAUUUUUAUCUAUUUCAAAUUAAAAUCUACACGAAAGUUUAAUCCGCAACAUAAUAAUAAUUGGUGUUGCGAUAUUCAGAUAAACGUAUCACUGCCCCUACUCCAUUUUUAUUGCCCUUGAGAUGUAAAAAAAAAACAACAGAUACAUAGUACAGAUGUUUAUUUUAAAUUGUUCCUAUAACAAUUUUCAGGAAAUUAUAGAAUAUAUGGCUCGAUCAUCACUUUCUUUUUUUAACUUGUAUUUACAUUUUUUCUAAAAAAAUGCAAAUUUUUGGGUUUGAAAAAAAAAAAGUAAUUAAAAGUUAAUAAAACGUGUUAAAUGUUAAGCAAUGUGUUAAGACAAGAUUAAAGCCAUUUUAAAAAGCAUGCAAUAGUAUUUAUUUUAAAAAAAGUAAGGUUAAAAAUAUUAUGAUAAUUUUUAUGUGAUUAUUACAUAAAUAUUAAUAAAAAUACGGAUUACUAUGGUGGGUAAUUUCUAAGAUAAUAUCAUUUGCUUACAUUUAACCACAACUUGGGCAUGACCGUUUUAACGUGGUGUUAAAGCAAUAUAACUAUAGAUAAAAAUGGAAAUAAGGGGGAGAGACUGCAAGCAGGUUAGCAAAAAAGGAAAUAAGCCAAUUAAAGUAAUUGAAAAUCAAACAAAUGGAACGCAACAAACCAACGAAGGUUUCAGCAGGUAGGUUCAUCAGUCGAAGAAACAGCAUAAAAAAACAGAAUUAAAUUUUUAAAAUUUCACUUAGCUGAAAAGUAGAAUCCGAAAGGGCAGCAAAAGAAUUUUGAAAGAAGAUAAGUAAGUCGUAGACUAAAUACAGGCAAAAAAGUGUUGGGGGGGGGCAGAAUUUAUUCGACUGCGAUAUUUCGGGAAGUGGAGAGGCGGGGCAAGGCUCAACAUGUGAAUGAAAACAUGACUUUCACGCCAUGUGGUGUGAAGGUUCCCUAAGUCUGAAUGAAAUAAUUUUCUAAAUUCACUCAGCUGGGUGUGUUUGUGCCGGUCACGAUCGCACUAAUUGUAAGAAACGCCGUGCCUUACGGUCGCUUCUUUUGAAGUUUUAGAGACGGGACACUUUUAUCCAGCUUAAUAUUUGGAAUUGUUCAGUACGUCUGUCAGACGGUUGGCGAUCUUUCGCCAUCAGACCACUAUGUACGACAUCUGGCAGUGGGUGCAGACAAGGGUGUAGACAAUAUUGCAGCUAGUUUAAAGGAAACAACCCUCUCAGAAAAAAAGGAAUAUUUUCAUUUUAAAAUGAGGGAUAAAAGGCAUAUUUACAUGUUAAAAUGAGGUAUGGUUUCAGUGGAGUAUCUGUAAUACAAAAUAAUAUAUAAAAUCAAAAUUUAAUAAACAGACACCUGUAAUUUCAAAAUUAUAUUUCUUUUUAAGUUAAUGAUAAUAAUCCAAAGAUGAGGUAAUUGCCACAAUCUUUUUUUGUAAUAAGAUGAUAUAAGAUCCUUUUAUUGGUCAAACAAAUGGAAAUGAUUUUUUUUAUUGCAUUUUACAUUAUCAUAACAUAAACAAAAAAAAUAGAAUAUAACACUUGUGCAUUAAAUUAUUUCACACUUGAAAAAACAGCCAUUUAGUGAAUUCUCUUAGCCACUUUAGGGACUUAUUAAUUAUCAUUAAGAUUUGUGACUUAUGAUUUGUGACUUAGGGAACAUGCUAAUAAAUUCAUAUAGGCUGUGAAACAAAAGAAUUUGUAUAUCUUUCAGUCCUCGCCCUUAGAGUAAGAGUUCGUCCCGAACGGGCCGAUCCUAAGUAUCUGUGAUGAAGAGAGUGUGAUGCAUCAUCCAAAAUUUGUUUAGUUUUAUAAUAGCAUAUCUCUACAAAUACUUCUCCAAGUGAAGCAUGUGAAGUGUGUGUUAUGUUCCUUGCUUUCUUAAUGAUUCGGUAUAUUCGAUAUUUAAUAUCAAAUAAUAGUCAUUUCGUAUUUUCGGUGACAAAAUUGUGUAAACAAUAUAUUAACUCGGGAAAAUUUAACAAUUCUUUAAUUUGAAUAUUGUUUUUUUCUUAUAUAUAAUAUUUAUGAUUAGACUGAACAGAUUAAAUAUAUUUAUAUAUAAACAAAUAUCACUUAAUAUCCUUGAUGAUUUCCGUAUAUUUCUACAUUUCUAGUUUGAACAAGUAUUUAUAAAGGAUUUAUCCUCAAAGGACAGAUUACUCUAAAGUCGUUAUCUCUGCUCACAGGUGACCUGGCAUGCCCCGUUGUGGUGUGACGUCGAAGACCUGGGACUAUCCAUCAAAUAUUAUCCACCCAAAAUGCCAUUCUAUGGAUCUGUGGUAAACAUAGUGAUCAGAGAUAAAUACAUUAAAAAGUAAUAUCACUACAAGAAACAUAACACACUCGUGUAAUUGUCCCUCCUGGAAACAUAAGAUAAUUAAAAAUCUUCCCAUGAGAUAUAAGAUUGGGAGUGGGCGCAGAUAGUUUGAGGGUAAUUGUGUCCAAUAGUCAAUGUCGUGGAGUGAUCUGAUCCUCAAACGUUCACCCAUCCAUCCAACCGAUCCCUGUUAUCUCGCCCACGGGAGCCAAGAGUAGUUGAGAUAUUUUUAUGAUGUUGAGCCGGCGAAAGAAAAUGAGCUAAUGUUUUUGAUUUUCUUAAACAAAUUUCUGUUGAGAGUCAAAAUUUUAUGACUAUACUCCUAAGGAAAAAAUGAAUUAAUUUGAAAAAGAGCAAGUAUUGUUUCAUUUUAAUUCAUAGAAGAGCAAGAACAACAAAGUUUUACUUUUCUCUAAAAAAUAUUGUUCAUUUUUUUCGUUCCUUCAUAUACAUCUUUCAAGGAUAAGUUUCUUAAAAACAAGUAAUUCAACAUGAGUUGAUAUUCCAUUCAAACGUUUUAAAUUCUAAUACAUACUUUCUAAAGCGUUUUAUGAUAUUCUAUGUAGUUUUUUAAUAUAUGACAAUUACAGAACGAUGUAUUGUCAACGUUUAGAACAGAAUGAUUUUCAUUCAACGUUUUCAGGGUGAAGACCUGCCCAACCACGUCCUAUACUCAUCCGUCUCACAGCUUGACGCCAUCCCAGCAGACGGCAAGUACCUCGUCCACCUGCACCACUUCCUUCACCUGGUUCCGUUUCACUUGUCCAUCGCCGAGCACUGGCUGCGUCUGAUACGCAAGGCCAUCGAGCGGCUGAUGGCCAGAAACCCUCACGUGAUAGUCGUCUACCAAUCAGCGUUCACGGCAUUUAACAGGUACAUGUUGAUGAGCGGUUUUCUCUUGCAGAUGCAGAAGGAGAUUCUCCGAGGGCUGGGCGACCGGGUGAUGUUUAUGUUCACCUGGCCGAUCACCAUUGCUUCGGAAAACCACUACGGGCACCCGACCGUCUCUGACCAGUUUACACAAAUUUACAUGGGUCACGUUUGUGGACGUUGGUAAUAGGAUCUUCUUAUAAAGCGAUAUUUUUCUGAUGGUUAAAGAUUUCAGCCUUCGACUUUCCAGACACUUUUUUAUAUGUGAUUGAAAAUUCAUUUGAAAAAAAUUUGAACAUUUCAAACGAGUUGUCCUUGGAAAUUUCUGAUCAGCUGCAAGAAACAGUAAUCUAUUAAAAAAACUUUCCUCUUACUUCCAUUAGGAAUUAAAAAAAAAAAAAAUUAGUGUAAAAGGUUGCUUAAUAAAUACAAUAAUCACCAACAAAUCACACGUUGAUAUGAUGACAUUGUGACAAAAAACCCAGCAACGAAGGUUUUAAGAUAGACGAAUUAUCAGCCAGUCCAGAUGGUGGAAUUUUUCAUGUAUUUAUGCCCCUUAAUAGCUACGAAAAAAAGGCGUUUUAACGCUACCUCAUUAAGUUCAAUUAUUUGUUUUGGAAAUAACAUGUACAGGUUUACAAACUGUUAUGUUCCGACAUCUUCAUGAGAGUGCCAGGAUGUUAUGAUCCACCAAAUGGGAUCGAAGGGAUACUUUAUGUAUUUAUUAUUUAUAAAUGUAUAUAUACAUUUUAAUGGUGUUUAACUUUAUAAAUAAAGAACACGGCAUAUAACAGUGCAUUAGAGUAUUAAG